AUGGAGAGCGAGGAAGAUCGCGAGACCGGAAAUAUUGACGAUGACGUCAUGGACAAUCGAGUGCGCACGUUGUUCAUCAGUGGCCUACCAAUGGAUUGCAAACCGAGAGAACUCAAUCUACUUUUCAGAAGUUUUCAUCCAGUUGGUUUUGUGACGUUUGCCAGCAAAAGAGAUGCGGAAAAUGCCAGGAAUCAACUGCAAGGUGUUAGGUUUGAUCCGGAUUUCCCCCAAGUUCUUAGGCUGGAAUUUGCAAAAACCAAUACGAAGGUGACAAAACCCAAGACACCAAGUCAACCGACACUUACAUUUUCACCAUUUUAUACUGCGCCCAAUAUUUCCUUCCAAGGUGACGUUUGGAACCCUCACGUGCAAACUUUCUACGUUGACCCCUACCACCAGCAGCCAUUACUCAUGCAGCAAGCGUCGGUCUUUCCAGCCACUUUUGUAGCACCGACGGCUGCAGCAACUCAUUUCCAUCUACCUCCUCCUCCAAUUCUAGGCGCCCCAAUCGCCAACAACACGACAAACAUCCUGCAGCUUUCAAGUGGUGGUGGAGGCAACGGCGGGUGUGGCCCUACAGUCCUUGUGGCCGCCAAUCUCGGGUCUGCCGGAUGCCACGACCACGAGUUGAAGGAAAUUUUUAACAGUUUCACAGGAUUCAGCACCACCAACAACAUCAGCGGUAAUGGCAGUGGCAACAGCAACUUCAACAAUCGAAACAACAACCAAAUUGUUGCUGCCAGUAACCAAUCAAUGAUGGCUCCUGUUCUAUCACUAACUCUUCCACAGAUGAAGGAGCAGACGCGUUACCAUCCAUACAACGUGUCAGAACUAAGCAGCAGCAGCAACAACAACGUUAGCAGCAACAAUGUUAACAACAGCAACAACUUUCCCAAGGACAAGAUAAAUGCAUAUGCAUGAUAAUUCGUCAUCGUUUUCGUUCUAUUAAGCACACACACACACACACACACACACACACACACACACACACACACACACACACACAUACAUACAUACUUAUUUAUUCACACAAACACACACGCACACACACACGCGUGCAAUGCAUAAUUUCAAUGAUUUUCUUGGUUCUUUAAACAAUCCCAUCAAUUACUUUGGCAUACUAUACAUGUUAUUGUAGUGUUAGAAAUUUUCAUAGCUUUAUGUAUAUUGUAUAUACAUGCAUAUAUAUAUAUAUAUAUAUAUAUAUAUAUAUUUAUAGUUAUAAUUUCUAUCAUGAAACCAGUUUCAUAUGUCAACUUUGACAUGAAUAUUGUCGAUUAUUUGGUAUUCAAAUAAACGCUAACAA